AACAGCGCCUCCGAACGUGAGUGUGCCGGCGAGUAGUUCCGGGUAAGUUGCAGCUACUUCCGUUCCACAUUUCAUAAGCUCGGGACAACCGACGGAGUCAAUCAAGAUGCUGUCCCUCUCUCGGGCGUUGGUGUGUGCGCUGCGCACCCCAGCCACUGUCAGUCCAGCCGGGGUAGCUGCCGUCACGCGAUUCAACAGCACUGCUACUCAGGAAAAGCCCAAAAAGACCACAUUUGGACCUCUGAGUGAUCAGGACAGAAUCUUUACCAACCUCUAUGGGCGACAUGACUGGAGGCUAAAGGGGGCAUUGAGCAGGGGAGACUGGUACAAGACAAAGGAGAUCCUGUUGAAGGGAGUAGACUGGAUCAUCAACGAGAUCAAGAGCUCUGGUCUGCGUGGCAGAGGAGGAGCUGGCUUUCCCACCGGCAUGAAGUGGAGUUUCAUGAACAAACCCAGCGAUGGACGGCCCAAGUACCUGGUGGUGAACGCUGACGAGGGGGAACCAGGCACCUGUAAGGACAGGGAGAUCAUGCGCCACGACCCCCACAAGCUGGUGGAGGGCUGCCUGGUGGCGGGCAGGUGCAUGGGAGCCCGCGCUGCCUACAUCUACAUCAGAGGGGAGUUCUACAACGAGUCCUCCAACCUGCAGGUGGCCAUCAACGAGGCCUAUGCCAACGGCCUGAUCGGGAGGAACGCCUGCGGGUCCGGCUACGACUUUGACGUGUUUGUGAUGCGCGGGGCCGGAGCCUAUAUCUGUGGGGAGGAGACGGCCCUCAUCGAGUCCCUGGAGGGCAAGCAGGGGAAACCCCGUCUGAAGCCUCCCUUCCCCGCGGACGUCGGUGUGUUUGGUUGCCCGACGACUGUCGCCAACGUGGAGACCGUAGCCGUGGCGCCCACCAUCUGCCGUCGUGGCGGGACGUGGUUCGCUGGCUUCGGCAGAGAGAGGAACUCGGGCACCAAGCUGUUUAACAUCUCGGGUCACGUCAACACCCCCGUCACAGUGGAGGAGGAGAUGUCCAUCCCCCUCAAGGAACUCAUCGAGAGACAUGCAGGGGGUGUGCGUGGAGGCUGGGACAACCUCUUGGCCAUCAUUCCUGGUGGAUCCUCCACACCCAUGAUCCCUCGCUCCGUCUGUGAAACCGUCCCUAUGGACUUUGACGGCCUCAUCCAGGCCCAGACAGGCCUGGGCACAGCUGCCAUCAUCGUCAUGGACAAAUCUACUGAUGUCAUCAAAGCCAUUGCCCGCCUGAUUGAGUUCUACAAACACGAGAGCUGUGGCCAGUGCACCCCCUGCAGGGAGGGCGUGGACUGGAUGAACACGAUGAUGUGGCGUUUUGUGCGCGGUGAUGCUAAGGAAGCGGAGAUCGACAUGAUCUGGGAGAUCAGCAAGCAGAUCGAGGGUCACACCAUCUGUGCCCUGGGUGACGGUGCUGCAUGGCCUGUUCAGGGUUUGAUUAGACACUUCAGACCUGUAAUGGAGAGCAGAAUUGCAGAAUUUCAAGAGAAGAAGCAAGCCAGGGCUUAAUUCACUCCCUGCUGCCUCAUAUUUCAUGCCUUGUUUUCCCAUUUCACCCCUUUCCUUUCAUUCACAAAUUGUUAUUUAAAGCAAAACUGUCACGACACAAUUGUGAAUAAUUGCCUUCCUGUAUUUGCCUGUAUUUCCAAUAAAUACGCCAAUGGAGUUCUAUUAAACCUAAUGUAGAUUUAGAUUCUACGGUUGUAUAUAUGUAUUACUCUUAAAUAAAAACGGUAAAAGUUUAAGAAUG